AUGAAUUAUGGGACAAGCAAUGAUAACAAUCAGGGAUAUCACCUGAAUAAUAACAAUCGACUUGCACGACAACAGCAUAAUGACCCUUCAUCAUUUCAACAACAAUUUUCACAGCAGAGCUCGGACAAUCAACCUGUAAACCAGGAAAAGAAACAAGCGUUUCGAAGAAUCACAGACCACGGGAAUAAUAUGGCACGAUGGUACAUUGAAAAAUCGAUUGGUAAGAAUACCUCAUCACAACAGUCGAUUGGCGUUGUGCGUCCUGAUAAUUCAUAUUUAAUUGAUCUACUUCCCACCUUGGCCUACUCUUCAAGUUUCAAUCGUAACCGAAAGAAUAACAAAGCUAAUCUUGCCGCAUUGGAUGUGGAUUCCAAAUUUGUUCACUUGAGUUCAAGUAAAGUCAAGCACAAUAUCAACACUGUGAAAUGGACACCCGAAGGGCGGAGAUUAUUGGUUGCAGCGCAUUCUGGCGAGUUUACACUUUGGAAUGGUAUGACUUUUAAUUUUGAGACUAUUAUGCAAGCACAUGAGUCGCCUAUAUUGACAAUGCAAUACUUGAAUAAUGAUGAGUGGUUAUUAAGUGGUGAUCAAAAUGGGACGGUCAAGUAUUGGCAACCGAAUUUCAAUAAUGUGAACAACAUCACGGCCCAUGCAAAUUGUGUUAGAGAUAUCGCAUUUUCGCCAAAUGACUCCAAAUUUCUCACUUGUGGAGAUGAUUCUUUGGUUAAAAUCUGGAAUUUCAAUAAUGGGAAAGAAGAGCGUAGUUUACUGGGACAUAACUGGGAAGUCAAGAGUGCGGAUUGGCACAAGGACUUGGGUUUAAUUGUUAGUGGAUCAAAGGAUAAUUUGGUGAAAUUGUGGGAUCCAAGAGUUAGUGAAUGCAUAGCCACAUUGCAUGGGUUUAAACAUACUGUGAAUACGACACGUUUUCAACCAUGUGGAACAAAGAGAUUACUUGCCUCGGUGUCCAGGGACCGCUCGUGUAGAGUGUUUGACUUGACAACCAUGAAAGACAUGUUGGUGAUUAGAGACUCUGAAACGGAUCUCUCGUGCUGUUCAUGGCAUCCACAACACGCUUCAUUGCUCACUACUGCUGCUUUCAAUGGCUCGAUAAAUCAUUAUAUUCUUGAUACCUAUAUCCCCAACUCCAACGACGCUAUCCCCAAAAAAUCCUCUGCAUUAUCAAACGUGUUUAAUCAAGCGGGCUCAAUUGAGGCGGUGCAAAAAAUACCUUAUGCACAUGAGCGUGCAGUUCAUGCGUUGGAGUACCAUCCAAUGGGACAUUUGUUAUGUUCUGCCGGUUCAGAUAAAACGGCUCGGUUCUGGUCUCGAGCUAGACCAAACGAUCCAAUGGCCUGGAAGGAUCCAGUGUAUACGGAUGAAAAGAAUGGAGCAUGGUAUUAUGCUGUGAAUAACAAUAUCAAUGCAGUCAUGGAAGAUCCAUCACAGGCGAGGGCAAAAGCCGCUAAUAGUGGACCGGGUAUUUUGCCUGAAGGAACACACAAAGGGGAUGAUGGCAGCGCACCUAUAGGCGAGAGCAGUACGAAUCCCAUGAUGGCCCAUUUGCCUGGUUUGAACCUUCCAGGCUUGAGUUUUUGA